AUGUUAACAGCCUGUUUAACUUUAUUAAUUUUAACUGAGACAAUCGUACUGUCAAGAGGCGAGUUUUCUUUAGACACAACAGACCAGUGUGAAUAUGAUACAAACAUUGAACGUAUUGACUGUAAUCCUGAACAACAUUCAAGUUAUGGUGAUUGUAAGUCAAGAGGAUGUUGUUGGCAAUCAAAAAGUGCUGUGACUGGUGAUAAUGAUGAAACAAUGCCAAUGUGUUAUUUUCCAAAAUCCUAUCCAACUUAUAAUGUCUAUGCAGUUAAAAAAACGGAACGUGGUUUCAUUGCCCAGUUGAAUAAGCCUAAUCCAAAGUAUUAUUGGGAUGAAGUGAAAAAUAUUUCAUUUGAAGUAAGACAAGAAACAUCGACUAGACUACGGCUACGAUUUACAAUACCAUCGCAACCAAAUAGAUGGGAACCAUAUAUACCACUGGGAAAACCAGAAAAACUGCCAAUAAAAAAUAUUCAGUAUAAAGUUUCUAUGGAGAAAUCACCUUUCGGAAUAAAAGUUACACGAAAUAACAAAGAACAAGAUGUCAUAUUAGAUUCAACUGGGUCACUUGCUUCAUCCUUGAUCAUUUCACCACAGUUUUUACAAAUAUCAUUUCGUUUGAAUGCAGAAACAAGUUUUGGUCCUGGAGAAAUAGAGAAAUCAUUCCCACAACCUCUGAAUACCUGGACACGAUUUGGACUUUGGGCACAUGAUGGCAUACCAAAAGAAAACGUCAACCUUUAUGGUGUACACAAUUUCUUCAUGGGUCUGAAACAUGAUGGAACUGCAUUCGGGAUCUUCUUCCUCAACAGCAAUGCACAAGAAGUAGCCACAACACCUCUACCAGCUAUCACAUAUCGAACAAUCGGUGGCAUAUUAGACUUCUUCAUCUUCACUGGACCAAAACCAUUAGAUGUCGUGAAUCAAUAUUACACUCUCAUCGGACAUCCACCGAUACCACCAUACUGGUCACUAGGAUUUCAUCUCUGUAGAUAUGGUAUGAAGAAUUUGGAUGAAGUGAAGGCAGUACUGAAACGGAAUUUGGAUGCAGGGAUUCCCGUAGACGCACAAUGGUUUGAUAUCGACUACAUGGAUGCAUACAAGAUUUGGUCAGUGGACAAUAAGAGGUUCGGUGGGAUGAGUGAUUUCGUGAAGGAUGUCCUACACGACAAGUACAAAAUGAGAGCUGUGUUAAUUGUAGAUCCAGCUGUCAGCACGAAGGGUGGUAAAGACUAUUUACCAUACAAGGAGGGCAUGAGACUAGGCGUUUUCAUCAAUGACAGUCGGACUGGUACUCCGAUUCUGGGUACUGUGUGGCCAGGAGAGACCGUCUUCCCAGAUUUCACUCACCCAGCCACUGAGGAUUGGUGGUACAAGUCUGCGUCAGACUUCCACAAGCUGGUCAACUUCGAUGGUUUGUGGCUAGAUAUGAAUGAGCCUGCGAGUUUCAAUGGUGGAUCACUCACUGGUUGUCCUUCAUGGAAUAAACUAGACAAUCCUCCAUAUGUUCCUCGAGUCCUUCAGAACUCGUUGUAUGACAAAACAAUAUGUCCAUCAGCCUUGCAUCACAACACGACACAUUAUAAUCUGCAUAAUAUGUAUGGUUAUGAGGAAGCUCGAGUGACUCACAGGGUGUUGACUCGAUUAUUUCCAGAGAAGCGACCUUUCAUACUGACUCGUUCAAGUUUCGCCGGCUCAGGUCGUUACACAACUCACUGGACAGGUGAUGUGUUGUCGACGUGGGAUAGUCUGAAGAUGUCCGUUUCGCAGAUAAUCAACUUCAAUAUGUUUGGAAUUCCAAUGGUUGGUGCUGAUAUAUGUGGAUUUGCAGGAAAUACUACUGAGGAGUUGUGUGUUCGAUGGAGUCAGUUGGGUGCUUUCUAUCCAUUUUCUAGAAAUCACAAUGAAAAUAAAGCGAAGCAUCAGGACCCUGCUAACUGGAGUGAAGAAGCUACUAAGGCUAUCAAAGAAGCUAUCAAACUGAGAUAUCACCUACUACCAUACAUAUAUUCGCUAUUCUAUCGAUCUUACUUCCAUGGGACGACUGUGGCUCGUGCUCUAGCCUUCGAGUUCCCUGAAGAUUUGGCCACACACAAGGUCAAUGCACAAUUCAUGCUUGGAUCGUGCAUCCUCGUCACUCCAGUGUUGGAUGAAGGACGAACAGGUGUGGAGGGUUAUGUUCCAAUGGGUGAAUGGAUCAACCUGUCCACUGGAAAACGGUAUGUCAGUCGAGGUGAUUGGGUGUAUUUCGAGGCACCGUUGAAUGUUAUUCCAAUUUCCAUCCGAUGUGGUUGUAUCAUUCCUAUGCAGGUAUCUACUGAAGUAACGGACAUUGCACGGAAGAAGGGAUUUGCUUUGUUAGUACUUUUGUCUUCAACGGAUGAUGGUAGUGAUACUGCUGGGAAGGGAAUCACAGCAUCGGGUGAGUUGUAUUGGGAUAAUGGAGAUGAUGCCAAAUUGAAUUAUUUGCAUGUGAGUUUUGAAGUUCGGAACCGUGUUCUAUCAGCGAUUUCGACACCUUCCAGUCAUGAAAGUUUACAGAAAAUCGAUUGGAAAGAACUCGAUCUGAAAGUCAUAUUAAUAGUUGGUUUAAGUAAAAAUCCAAAGCAAAUCUUAUUUAACGGUCAAUCAGCAAAGUUCACCUGUUAUGAAAUCUACCAAACUUGCCAGGUAUAUAGUGAACCUAAUUGGUCAUUAAUCCAGAACUUCAGCAUUGAAUGGGCAUUUUGA